AGAACUCCCUCCCGCACACAAGCAUGUAGUUAACGUACUAGCCCACUGUCAUGACUGUGCAGACAAAUAUCAAAAGCGCGGGGAUUUGCCCCAAGUAGGGAUGCUCCUCAUAAAUCUUCCCAGUCGAGUACGGCGUGGCGUGUAUUUCUUUUCGGCGCAAGUGUCUUCGAUUAGAGCCUUCUGUGUCAUCGAUGUGGAAUUACGGUGCGUUGACGACAGAUGUCGUGCUCGGGAUCGCGGUCAGAGGCUUCUAUCAAAAUAAAGAGGCGACGUCAUCUUCGGGGAGGAGGAAAAUAUGAGAAGGCGAGAAGAGGAAUCUCCGCCAUUCUAUGACCAUGUUUGGAAUAUGUUUGUUGGAUUCUUUUAACUACAGCGUCUCAAUUGAAUCCAGGAUCCAAGUUAAGUCAUAGCUUUACCACUGUUUGAAGAAUCUCGCUGAAGUUUCGGGAAGUUGCAUACAACAUUUCAAGAUGCACAGUGGAUCUUAUAAUCUCUGAGGUAUUAUUUAAAAAAGUAAUAAUAAAGGAGUUGCACCAUGCAGCUCUUGCAUCAAGCCCCUCUUAUAUUGUGGAGAUGGUUUUACAGGUUGGGAAACAACAUUCGUCAUUCAAGGUGGGCAAUUAUUCUGGCCUUAUCUCUAUUUCAAGUGCAAUUUGCAAUAAGUUAUGACUUUAAGUUAAUCCUGCUGAUGCCAUGGAACUCUACAGACAACGAUGCCUACCCAUUCCUCGGCACUCGCUCCUACGGGGCCGCUGUGCUGGCGAGGGAGCGAAUAACCGCCUCGGACUUGCUAAGCGGCAGCAAUUCGUCGAACACCGUAGAUAUCGUGGUCGCCGACACUGAAUGUCGGUCAAUCAUAGCCGGCGGGCACGCGGUCGACUUCAUGGACGAAUCCGUGGACGCGUUCAUCGGGCCUCCGUGCUCGAUGCCUUGUUCGACGGUAGCCGACUUGACCAGCUACUGGCAAGUCCCGAUGACGUCGUGGUUCUGCCCGGCCAUUGACGACGGCGAGUUCGCAGACCCCCUCCAUUUACACACCACACUCGCCCGGACUUAUCCCACCAUCUUCCAAAUUUCUCAUACCAUUCCAACUAUUCUGGAACACUUCAACUGGAACAUAUACAGCAUCAUCUACCCUUUGGAGGGUAUCAUGGCCAACCUGGCGUAUAAGACACGGGUGCUCAUGGAUAAACGCCGAUAUACUCCCGUCCUAACGGAAUCAUACCAGAAGCCCCUCAAUCUCUCAGUUGCCCGAAACAUCCUGAAGAAUGUCCGGACAGUUUCAAGAAUUAUAGUCCUAUUCGCCGGCGGCAAAUCCCUCUUAGAUGGCGACCAGCAGACCUUCCUCUUGGCCGCCCGCCAACUCGGCAUGACGGGAGAGGACGGGUACGUUUUCAUCGUUAUCGAACCUUUUCCCGAUCCAGGCUUUGCGUUGCCAUGGCAGCCCCUCCACAGCCCCUACGCCAACGAGACGGUAGAAGGAGAUGUUACCCCGGAGGAAGCCUUGAAGGAAGCUUACCGGACAGUCUUGAUGAUCACUAUGAGUUUGCCCGACGAUGGUCGUCUUGAUGACCUCAUGAAUGACGUCACAGAUAUAAUGAUGCAACCUCCAUAUAACAUUGAAUCACCAAAGCCAUCAAUCAUGUCUGCCUAUCUGUAUGACGCUAUCCAUCUUUACGCUCAUGCUGCCAACGUUUCCAUGGCAACGGAUGAUCCCCCUCUUGACGGUGGGGUGAUGGGAAAACUUAUGCAGGGCAAUGUCUCGUUUGAAGGAAUGACGGGCACGGUAAAAAUCGACGAGUUGGGGAGCCGGAUAUCCGACUUCAAUAUUCUUGAUUUACAGAACAAUAUGCAGUUCGAGGUCGUUGGUAACAUAACCAGGGUCAAUGGCAUGUCAUUCGCUGCCACCAUACACGGCGCCAUCGACUGGCCGGGUAUGACGCAACCUCUCGACGCCCCGGACUGCGGCUUCAAUGGAGAGGAUUGUUUCGAUCGUGGUAUCAUUGCUGCUAUCGUUGUGGCCGUCAUCGUAACAGUCAGUAUAAUCAUCCUCGUUCCUGUUGCAAGAUUAAAGUACACAAAGUUCAUCAAGGGUUCUGAUUGGCUGAUUGAUCGAGCUGAAAUCACUUUCAUCCAAACACAGAGUGGAGCGGCCUUCCCAUCCAAUUACCGCCUUCAGAAUAUGUCGACCGCACUCAGCAAACAGUCACUGCUAUCCACGGUAUCCGUGAAAGGCAAGGACGUCAACAAGAAAGGAAAAAACUUCAGUUUUGCAACGUUCAACUCUCACACGGUCGUUCUGCGCAAAGUCCAGAUGCACGAUUUCAACUUGACCAAAACCAUAAAGAAAGAAUUAAAAGAGAUGCGAUGGCUCGUCCACGAUAACAUCAACCGGUUCCUAGGUUUGUGUUUUCCCUCGACCAGCGGCGAUACAUUCUACCAUGUCAGUGAGUUCAGUCCUAAGGGUAGUUUGAAGAGUAUCCUAGCCAACGACGAUGUCAAUCUCGAUCUCAGCUUCAAGGCCUCCUUCAUCCGGGACCUUGCCAGGGGAAUGCAGUUCAUCCACGCGUCUGAGAUCAAAAGCCAUGGGUUGUUAUCAUCAAGCACUUGUUAUGUUGACAGUCGAUGGGUCCUCAAGAUCUCAGGGUUUGGUCUCCUAUCCUUUAACAUUCGCAAAGAGGACGUCAUGAAGCAGAAGGAUCCUGAAGUCAAGUUUUCAAAAAUGUUGUGGACCGCUCCGGAACUACUCCGAGGUGAAAUGCUCCCUUCGAAAGGAUCGCAGAAAGGAGAUGUAUAUUCGUAUGGAAUCAUACUACAAGAGAUCGUAACGCGAAGCCAGCCAUUCUAUUUAUCAGGAUACACAUCCAGGGAAAUCAUUCGGCGGGUUAUACGCCGAGACGAGCCUCCUUGCCGGCCGAAGAUUAACGAAGAUGAGUUCGAGUCUUCGGAUAUGGCGACGAUCUUUACCGCUAUCUAUGACCUUAUGAAGAUGUGUUGGGAAGAGCUUCCGGAGGACAGACCGGAUUUCACAGCAAUCAGAACCAAACUCAGGGGCAUUCAGAAAGGAAGGAAAGAGCUGGACAUCCUUGACAACAUGCUUUCUAAGAUGGAGAAAUACACUGAGAACCUGGAAAAGGUUGUCGCUGAUCGGACGGGGCAGCUCCUGGAGGAGAAAAAGAAGACGGAUGCGCUCCUCUUCCGAAUGUUACCACAAGUGGUGGCUGAAGAGCUCAAAAAGGGUAAUCAGUUCCCGGGGGAGUUCUUUGAUCACGUGACCAUAUAUUUCAGUGACGUAGUUGGGUUCACUGACCUCUCUGCUCAGAGUACGCCUAUGCAGGUCGUUGACCUCCUCAAUGACCUCUACACCUGCUUCGAUGCUGUGCUCGAAAGGUUCGACGUCUACAAGGUUGAGACGAUAGGAGAUGCAUACAUGGUAGUCAGCGGGCUUCCUCGGCGGAACGGCAACCGUCAUGCCGGUGAGAUAGCUUGUGUCGCUCUGGAGCUUCUAACCGGUGCCAGGACCUUCAGGAUACGACACAAACCAGACCAUCAACUACAGAUCCGGAUAGGCAUUAAUACAGGUCCCGUAGCUGCAGGAGUGGUGGGGCUGACCAUGCCGAGAUUCUGUCUCUUUGGAGAUACUGUCAACACCGCAUCCAGGAUGGAAUCCAACAGCUUGCCUCAGAAGAUCCACAUUAGCACAGACACAGCAGCAGUGCUCAAGGAAGUUGGAGGUUACGUCAUGGAGAAAAGAGGCCUUAUCAAUAUCAAGGGUAAAGGCCAGAUGACGACGUAUUGGUUGCUUGGUACAGACAGUUCGAUAAGACCACAUUACUCAAUCGAUACUGCCAUCAGCAAGAAAAUAUCUACGGACACAAUGAUAAGUCAAGACAGCCUUCUUUCGCCGUCACAUAGAAUGUCAGACGCCUAUGACAUCCCGGAGGACCGCCUCGUAGAAGAAGACAUGAACAAAAUAGACAACCAACCCCGCCCAUCUACAAUCGCAGAGAAGCGAGAAUCGACAUCUCCGCAUAUGCCCGUUACAGGAAACACCGAUGACCAGUUCGUGAGCGAGGCUGAUUCCCGCCCGAUCAGCACCGGAAGUUGGACAGACGGUGGUCAAGGUAGCAUGCGUUUCAGUCGAUCCGUUACGCCUCUGAAAGGCAUACGCGCACCAGUACGUUUAGCUGAUGAACACCCGGAAACAAUAAUGGACAAACAUUCGGCUGGUAGUGGUGUCCGCCCGCCGUUUGUCACGGAUGAUCUUUCGUCCGCGAUCGGGAUAGAAACCGAGGAGGAAGGCGGUUAUGACAAUCCGGUUAUGGACCCGAGGGGAACCGUUAUAGAGGAAGGGGAAGGAACUCAUUGUGUAACGAGUCCAAAACAUUCUCUGUCGCCUAUUCCUCAGGGCAAAAGUGUCUCGCCUUCAUCCGAAGGAAACAGAAGACGACGGAGUUUGCGGUCUGGUACACGGACAGAAAAUAACAAUUAUUUAUCCCCUGCGAAACGGAAAACAGCAAUUACACUUCAUUCCAGUGGCUCACCAAGCAAGGCUAGUGUUUCGAAGGCAUGACCCUUGUCGGAGUUCGGACCAAAGUUUGGACCAAGAUGACAUUGGUUUGAAACACAUCAUCAAAGGAUUUCAAAUGUGCAAUUUAUCAAGGUUUCCCAAAACUAGACAGGUGGACUUCGGUGUUGUUAUAUUUAGCAUGCACUAACCCUGCAAAAAUAGUGAAAGUUACUACACAUUUUUAUCCCUAGAAUUAACCAUUGCAGACAUGUUAGACACGAUUGCGCAAAUGGAUGGAAGGGUUCUAUCCACCUAUAGAGUAAAAUAGCAGGCCACAGGUAAAAUCACUCUUUCUUUGUACAGACCAUCCUGCCUCUCUGUCCAAGAUAGUGACAUCUUAGAGCAAGAUAAUGUUUUAUACAGAUAUUGAUAGAUAUCUUGAUAUCUUUCUGGAAUGUACUAAUAGACCUGCUUUGAUCAAAAACCCGAAGUGCUCACGAUUACAUGCUGAAUAAAGUACCGUAGAGUGUUGUAUAUUUUUAUAUACUGGUCAAAGUUGAUAUUUUUGGUAGUAUUACCACGUGUGUGUUUACUAUGUAUUUUCUCAGUGUGUGUAUUUGCAAUAUAAUCAUAAUGGACUAUUAUCGUUGUUAUGCCUUGAAAAUGUGAAUUAAGACAAAGUGAAUGGAGAUGGUAGCUUAUAUAACAGUGAUGUAUAAAAAGAAGUAUCGCAAACCACUAUCAAGAAGGGGUAUUCACCCAACCCUAAUAGCUCCCACCUUUCCCAAUCGCCUAAACAGUGGAAAGUGUCAGGACUACACCUUCUUGUCAUGCAUGUGGCAUUCACACCAAACAAACGGACUCCAAACGGACUGAUGAUAUGUCAUUGGAAAUAACGUGAGAGCUUUGAUCGGUGUGUAAUCGGUUUGGUUGUAGAGACUACAGCAUUACCUGUCACCAUUACCAUAGAGACAACAGGACUUCUGAGCUUUAGGGUAGCUCUUGCGACAACAUGACAACCACCACAACGGAAAAUAUCCAGACGAUGGCUACAUGCAGGACAUAGGACAAAACGAUACAGCAUAUCUCCCGGGAUAUCUCCAUAGAGAAACGGUCCUUCAACUUGAUAAUAAUAAUGAUAAUAAUAACAUUUUAUUAACCCAGGGUAGCCACUUCAGUAAGGAAACUGCUCUACCAGUUGGCCCUGCAUAACUUGAUAUGUUAUUACCCUUCUCCAAUAUAAAUGCUGAGCGCAAGAAGGCAGAAGGUCCCAUUUUUAUAAGUCUUUGGUAUGACUCGGCCGAGGAUCGAACCCACCACCUCCCGUUCGUAAGACGACAUCAAAAGACAAUUAACUGUGCGGACAGAUCCAAAUAAAACUACAUUAAUAUAUACAGGACAACUCUAAACUAAACUAAACAAAACAGAAACCCACGUUCAAAAUGUAUAUAAGACAACCAAAGUAGCACAACCAUGACAACGUUCGACAUGCAUGACAUGAAACGCAUCAACUCAAUUUAGUCCAAACCCUUGACCAGGCAACCAAAUGUGACAAUUUAAAUAUAAAACAACAACGGCUAUAAAAUAUGCCGACUCGUGAGUGUUCCUAUUUGCCUCCGUCAGUGAUUUAUUGGUUAUCAUACCUUCUUGGGGUUCGAAGCCUUCGGCUUCUUGGCUACCGCCUUCUUGGUCGCCUUCUUGGGUGUCGACUUUUUGGCAGGGACUUUCUUUCAACCUUGCCUGACAUUAUAUUUGAAUGGUUGGGACGGGGUGCAACUGUGCUAGCUGGGUAGAACACAGUGUCAUACAGUGUGUUUACAGUCAUGACAGUGUGGGAAACAAUGUGAAAUCACAUUAUUUUUUUUUAGCAUUUUGAUAGUGUUGUGAAUCACGACUUCACACUGUUAUGGUAACUCUCGUAGGAACUCGGCAGGACAACUUUUUGCUGGUUUAGUCCUAAGAUACAUACAUUACAUUACCAAUCACCUAUGAAACAUUUUACGUCUAAGUUAAUCAGUCAAACUUACAACCGUUAUACAUACGACAGGAAUAAGCCAGUUCGUAGUUCCUUUCUGCGCAUGAUCAAAAGAUUCUACGCAUGAUCAGAGGAAGGUCAUUUGUACUAAAGUGACAUGGUGGUUUAAAAUCUAAUGAGAUAAGCACCAACUUUGAUGUCUUGAUUAUUCAUAUAUUCUUUUGAAUUGUGGUUUUCAUUUACAUCCACACAAAAAAACAACGCGUCCACGAACGACUGGUUUUCACAGUUUGCCAAGUACAUUGUGCAACAUGCUAUGAUAUGCAUUCAAAGUAGGAAUGCAACAAAUACCUUCAUUAGUGCCCAUCAGUGUUCAUUGGUGUGCUAUUCUAGUCACCUGGUGUAUUCAAGUUCUUCAUCCUGCUAUGUAAGGCAAGCUUACGUAAUAUUUUGCUUUGAAAUCUGCCUAUCAUAAUGAAAGAAAUGAAAGGUCAUUUGACCGAAAAUUGUCCAUGAGUAACUACGAACUGGUCCAUUACUCUCACGUCGUUUUUCCACAGUGGAGACAACGGCAGACCGGGGAUUCGAACUCACAACCUAACGGUUAUGAGUCUAAUGCUCCAAUCACUAGACCACACGACCCAAACUGUGUGACACUGUGUUGUUGUCCAGCAGUUUAACCCGAGUUGUAGUCUUUUCCUUUUAUUCCGUUGGUAAAUUUCUGGUUCAUAAACAGGUGAUAAUUAAUUUUCUAAUUACUUUUCUUGUUGAAUUCACCACGGAUUAAUUCAUGUAUGAAUAUUAUGUUACGGGGUAAAUUAUCCAGCUUUUAUACUUUAAGUCGAUACAGAAAGGGACAUUCUCGCAAAUUUAAAACCAAUGAAUUAUGACAAGCAAGCAUAAUAAAGUGAAGUCUACGUUUGACACUUCGCAUUUCCCCUUUUCACGUUCUUUUCCUGAUAAUAUUGAUUUUCAGUGUGCUCUUUAAAAAGAAUAAAAGUUGGGAAGAGAGUAAGCCACAUACCGUGGUUUUAAUUUAUAUUAGCCGGUAUACAGUUAGAAAACAUGUUUAUAAAGUGUGCCUUAAUAGUGUAUAAUCUAUGUGAAUUAUGUGCAAUAAUAAAGAAUCAGCUCGACAUUCGUCAAACAAUUUAGUUGUUUCAUUUCACGUGCCAGUUAAGAAAUUAGUUGUCACAAAUCGGGUACAGAACCCUACAUUAUUGUCAAAACGAGGAUUAUAUGAGUAUUUAAGUCAAAGUUAUAAUUGCAGAUUAUUAUGGUCCAUGUUGUGAAGCAUUCGAUAUAUCAAAAAGAAUAUUUACCAGUUGUGAGAUUGCGGUCAUCGGUGAUAAAUUUGCCUUUGGAACAACAUUUAAAUCUAUUGAACGACAGCAACGAGAAGCGUUCCAAACCGAUCGUUGAUAUGUCCUUCGGAUAAAGUGUUGAUCAUGUGGGUCCCGUAACACAAAGGUUAGCGAUUAGUCGUACGCUUGAUUUUUACGAUCAAUUAUACAUUGUAGUCAAUGCCAUCAAUCGUUAAAAAAUAUUCUGCGAUGAUUGUUAUGUUUUGUGUUACGGGCCCCUGGGCCGCGUCCCUACAAAGAGUUACUUUAAAUUGACCCAAUCAUCCACAGCUAUGGAAAGCCAGCAACGUCAACAUAAAGCACGUGUUUGUUUAAAAUAUUGUAUAGAUAUGAUGUAUAUUCAUACAUUCAUUGUUUCCUUGAAAUUUCAGAGUGCUUCUUUAUGUUUACAAAAGAUAUUGUGCAAAUAUCUUGAAGAAAACAAUGUCUUGAAGAAAACGUUGAUGGCUUUCCAUAGUUGUGAUUGACCGGAUCAAUCGUAACUCUUUGUAAGAUGGGGCCCAGGAGUCGAUUUCUUGUGUGUGACUGUAGCAUGAUAUUACUAAUGCUGAAAGCAGAUUAAAGAUUAUAUUAUUCACUUUCCCCAAAAGAUAUUGUAAUCAUUUUUUGUAUGUUACUUGCCAAAUCACUUUGAAUUGUUUUUCAUAAUCAGAUAGCGUAUAUAACUAUACACAAGCACCACGUGUUUUCAACCAAUGAUGUAUAAUAUAAUAAAAUUGUUUGUCAAUAUUUUGAGCUAUAUGUUGCAAUAUUAGAGCCGAGCAUUGUUUAAAACAAUCACUUUUUAUAAAAUUUUGUUGUUUUUUCAAGAAAAUUAGAUUAAGAAUGAAAUUUGUUUAAGGAGAUUUUUUUUUAAAGAAUUAAACAAUAAAAAGAGAGUUGUGUCUUCGUCCGGGGCGGGGAGGGAGUGCUCGAUUUCUGUUCGGGUUAUACCUUAUAGAACUAUUACAGACAUAAUAUCAUGGGGAAAAGGACAUCAAUCAAACUGGAAAUAGAUUUUAUAAUUCCAAGUCUUCUGAUAAAUCAUGUCCGCAUGCAAUGUGUUUAAAUUUGAUUUAACGAUUUUUUUUCAAAGGUUACGGAGUUCACAUUAUGGUGUAUUAGCCCGUUAUUUGUCUUUGUAAAGAAUGCCAUCUACAACAUUCUAACUAUAUCAAAAUGGUGAAGUAUAUAGCUGACUUCAAAAGUAUAUAGUGUUCUUUUAUUCUUUGUUAAACCGUACAUAAAUGACAGAUUUUCGUAUACUUAUCGUUAUGCCUACUGUUAAAGCGUGUAGAAUGGUUAUGAUGUUUAAAUUGAUUUAAAGAAAAAUAUAUGUAUAAUGGGGUCUUCAUUUUAGAUGUCCUUUGUACAAUUCUAUUUUAUUAUAAAUACAUGAUAUGUGGAGUAAUAUAUAAAAAGGAAGUGUACUCUUGCACCAAUAAAUUCCAAACCAUUUUAUAUUGUA